GCCGGAGUAAAUUGUGAUACAGGUAGACGUGCACCUGUUCACACCUGAAAUAUUUUUUAAUUGUGCGACUUCACGAAUAAAUCUCAAAAUGUUUGUGUAUCUCAGCAAAAAGAUCGCUAUUCCAAAUAAUAUGCGAUUGAAUUGUAUCGCUUGGAACCAGGAACAUGGCUACAUAGCAGUGGGAGGAGACGAUGGAUUACUGAAAGUUCUUCAGUUAGAACAAGCGUCAUCAACCAACAGCGCAAACCGUGGUGGUCUGGCUGCAGUCAGCAAUCUCUCCAUGAACCAAACCUUAGAAGGUCAUAAAGCAUCAAUUCAAGUUGUCACCUGGAACGAAUCUCAACAAAAACUCACUUCAUCAGAUAAAGAUGGUGUUAUAAUGGUUUGGAUGCUAUACAAAGGGUCCUGGUACGAAGAAAUGACCAACGAUCGAAAAAAAUCCACUGUGAAAGGAAUGGCAUGGAGUGCCGAGGGACAGAAAAUUUGUAUUGUUUAUGAGGAUGGUGCUAUUAUCGUAGGAUCAGUAGAUGGCAAUCGUAUUUGGGGAAAGGAAUUGAAAAAUACUCACUUAACUGGUGUGCAAUGGAGCCCAGAUAGCCGCUUAAUUUUAUUCAGUGUUGCUUCUGGAGAAUGUCAUGUUUAUGAUAACCAAGGGACUUUUGUGAUGAAAAUUAAUAUACAAUGCAAUGUUAUAAGCCCAAAUAGGAAUAUCUCGGUGGUCGGUCUAAAUUGGUUCCACGGGAAGGUACCUCACAAUCAACCCGUCCUAGCGAUAUGUUAUCAAAACGGCAAAAUGCAGAUUAUGCGUAACGAGAACGACGAUGACCCGGUAAUCGUAAACUGCGACAUACAAGCCAUCGAUGCAAUGUGGAACCAUGACGGCAGUGUUCUAGCGGUUUGCGGAACUAAAGCGAAUCUCGGCGAAAAAGACAGUAAUCACAUCCUUUUUUAUUCUCCUUUUGGUAUUCAUUUACGGACAUUAAAAAUCCCCGGUCGUGAGGUUACUGCUUUGGCUUGGGAAGGAUCUUCACUGCGAAUAGCCCUAGCGGUUGAUUCAUUUAUUUACUUUGCUAAUAUUCGGCCGGAUUACAUGUGGUGCUACUUCGAGAAGACAGUCGUGUUUUUGAGUAACAAUCGCGAUGUUAAUUCACAUUUCAUAACGUUUUGGAACAUUGGAUCUAAUCAGAGCUUUUUGAAAGAAGUUGAACGUCCACUAGCAUUGGCGGCUGGUCAGGAUCAUUGUGUUGUAGCAGUCGAAUGUGCAAGUAUCAACUCAAAAGAUGUGAAUUUGGUAGUUGAGAGGAACUUCAAGGAUAAGAAGUAUCAACUCCUUGUCUGCAACUCCAUCGGAACUACUGUUGACUCGAAAUAUACGGAUUUGAAGCCGCAGUUUAUAGCAAUGAACUCAACAUACGUUGUGAUUGCCUCGAAAGACCAUUUCUUACUCUGGCACUACCAUACACCAAAGGGUGCAUCCAGCUUACACGGCGUCAAGGCUAGAAAAGACAAACGAUUCCACAUUGACGACACACCAUCAGGGGUAGCGGAGGUUUUGAAUGACUUGGACAGAGGCAGAUAUGAACCACCAGUGAAUAACAAUCCUUCAUCAGAUCCUAUCUGUUGUGUUGCCGUCUCUGAGAAGUUACUGUUAAUUGGGCGAGAGUCAGGAACCAUAAAUGAGUAUAGUAUUUCUCAUAUAACACUUCGGAACAGGCAUACCGGCAAUAAUCGCGCUUAUAAGAUUGCAAUCAACUGCAAUUCGACACGUGCUGCAAUAAUAGACUAUACUGGAACCAUGACUACCUUAAAUUUAGAGGAUAACAAUGAAAGCAAAGUCCUGGUGAAUCGCGUAGAACGUAAGGAUGUCUGGGCGAUAACAUGGGCUCGCGACAAUCCUCAGCUUUUGGCUUUGAUGGAAAAGACUCGAAUGUAUGUGUUGCGUGGAGCUGAUCCCGAGGAGCCAAUUUCAUGCUCCGGAUAUAUUUGUAAUUUUGAGGACCUUGAGAUAACAUGCGUCCUUCUCGAUGAUAUUAUCAGCGGUCAGCAACCACAGGAUACGAAAAAUCAUAUAAUUCAAUUGCGAGUGAAAUCCUUGCGUGACACUGAAGAAUUACUGUCACAUGUAGGCAUAACUGAAGCGAAACAAUUCAUCGAGGAUAAUCCCCAUCCAAGGUUGUGGCGUCUCUUAGCGGAAUCUGCUUUGAAAAAACUGGACUUGGAAACAGCUGAAAACGCAUUUGUUCGAUGUGCAAACUAUCCUGGAAUUCAACUGAUAAAACGCUUAAAGACUAUACCCUCAGAAGUUUUACAAAAGUCGGAGAUUGCUGCAUUCUAUGGAGAUUUUGAGGAGGCCGAGAAAUUGUAUUUAGAUGAUGAUAGGAGGGACUUGGCUAUUGGGUUGAGAACGACUUUAUGUGAUUGGUUUCGUACUGUCCAAUUGUAUCGAAUGGGUCCUGGUAUUUCUGAUCAACAGAUGGAACAUGCAUGGAAAGAAAUUGGCGACCAUUUCGCCAGUAUGAGAUCUUGGGAGAGUGCUAAGGAAUAUUAUGCAAAAGCGCAUUGUAUAGAAGGUUUGAUGGAAUCGCUCUAUUAUCUUGAGGAUUAUGAGGAACUGGAAUCAUGCAUUAACAAAUUGCCGGAGAAAUCUCCUUUGCUAGCCAAGUUGGCUGAAAUGUUGGCAUCUGUUGGUAUGAGCAACGAAGCAGUCGCAGCCUACAUCAAAUUAGGUGACGUAAAAUCUGCCGUAAAUACAUGUGUGAACCUUCGGCAAUGGGGACAGGCGGUAGAACUGGCUCAACGUUACAAAAUGCCGCAAAUAGGAGCCCUUCUCAGCAAACAUGCUGCACACUUACUGCAGGAAGGUAAGCUUCCAGAAGCAGUUGAACUACAACGUAAGGCUGGACGCUACCUGGAUGCUGCGCAUCUCCUAACAAAACUAGGAGAGCAAGAAAUCGAGAAGAAGUCAAGUUUGCUACGAAUAAAAAAAAUCUUUGUGUUGGCUGGCUUACUAGCAGAGGAACAUCUUAAAAUGCAGUCGCAACUUUCCGGAUUGAGUCGUAAUGCAGUGGUUGCAGAGAUGGCUAGUGAGGAUGCAAAGCUCGUGGAACAAAUCUGGCAUUAUUCGGAAGCGUACCAUUUUAUGUUGCUCGCACAGAGGCAGCUACGAUAUGGUAUUGUUCACAGUGCUGUUAUCACCUCUUUGCGACUGCGAGACUAUGAAGAUGUACUAAAUGUGGAGGAGAUAUACAGUCUCAUGGCGUUGGCGAGCUGUGCUGAUCGCUCGUUUGGUACUUGCUCUAAAGCUUUCAUCAAACUAGAAUCACUCGAAGGCGUAAGUGAGCAGACUAGACAAGAAUAUGAAGAAUUAGCCAUCAAUAUAUUCUCGAAACACGAACCUUAUGACACUCGCAAUAAUAGAAUUGGUUGCUUUACUUGUGAAUCCUUGGUUCUUGAUUGCCUAUCCUCAUGCUCGAACUGUGGAGCACAUUUUCCAGCAUGUAUUGCUUCGGGGAAGCCACUUGUUCAGCCGCUUGAUGCUUGGAUGUGCAGUUCUUGCUAUCAUUGCGCCUGUCCAAUGGAAAUUAGUGGAUUGCGCACUUGUCCCUUAUGUCACAGUCUCAUCACAACGAGGAAAUACGAGAGUAGUGAAGUUUAAAAUACGCUCAAAGGAAAAAAAAUCGUGGGUUUUUUGGAAGAAUGCACUUUAUUCUGAAUACUUUUCAUCUUCUAUUCGCCACCUUAAUUUCCGCUUGUUUGCCCAUUCGUUGGGGUGAACUUUCUUGAUAUGAGCAUAUCGGUUGGCUUUAGCAUUGAAUGUUUUAUCACAGUAUUCGCAGUUGUACAAAAUCUCGCCGGUGUGCGUUGCCAUGUGUUCCUGAAAAUAGAUGCAAAUGAUUAACACCUGAAUAAAAAUGUGUUGAAAAGAAU